AUUUCCCACUGAGUCAGCAAUUAGCAAAUACAAUCAAAGAACACAAGCUCGUAUACUUAAAAUCACUUUUGUUCAAUUCAUCAAUUAUGUCCUCAAAAUACGAGAAAAAAAGAUGAAUACAAUCUCUUUAAAAUCCAUUUAUUUCGUUACUUUGCUCAACUUUGUUGUAAGAAGUCAAACUGAAUUCCUAUCAUUUAACAAGACGUCAGUUGAAGCAGGACCUCUAGAGCUUACUCAGGAUUUUGAGCUUUCAUUCAGAACUUGUAAUGGUGGCACAUUGCUUCGACAGGGUGGCAAUGAUAGUUUUUUUGAACUUGAGGUACUUCCAGGAAGAGGGAUUAAAGAAAUGAACUUCACAAUCAGUUCUUUAGCUGUACGAUGGCAGGUUUCUGGAAAGCCUAAUAUAUCAAUGGUAACUUUAGGAAUGGGUUUGGAUCAAAAUAAACCCUAUAUGAUCAGGUUUACCCCUCACAUCAACAAUGCCACAAUAUCUGUGAGUCUUGGUGAGGAGGCUAGUCAGGUUACUUUACCUGGUGAAAUAUUUAAUGUUAGUAGUGAAAAGUUAAUAUUAGGCCAGAAUUUUAUUGGUUGCAUUGAUUUUGGUAAAAGAUUUAAUUUAACUAAUGCAAGCAAUGGACCAAUGAAGAACUGCCAUUUGAAUAGUGGGGAAAGAUGUGUCAGAGUACCAUGUCAACUAGGCUUCAAAGGUUUUUAUUGUGAAGAAAACAUCAAUGAGUGUGCCUCACACCCAUGUCACCAUGCUUCAACAUGUGUAGAUGGUUUCAACAAUUAUACAUGUCAUUGUGGUAGAGCAUGGUAUGGUAGGAACUGUGACCAACUCAAAGAGGAGAGGUUAUGUAAAAGCAUAAUGUGUGCAAACGGUGGAAUUUGUAGGCAUAUCUCAAACUUCAACAACUACACUUGUGACUGUGUCCCUCCUUACACUGGGAUAAAUUGUACUGAAGAAUUGAAUCCAUGUGCCAGCUCUCCAUGCUUAAAUAAUGGGAAUUGUUCAAAUAUUGGUAAAGAAGAGGAUUUUGAAUGCAAUUGUUCAAGAGGAUUUCGUGGAAAGACAUGUGAUGUUAACGUUGAUGAUUGUGCAAUAGCUGACUGUGGCACUGGAAAAUGUGUUGAUCUUAUUGCAAAUCACUCUUGCAACUGCACAGGAACUGGAUUCAUCGGGAAUGAAUGUGAAAUUGAUAUCAACGAAUGUGACGAUUCACCAUGUAUGAAUAGAGGCAAUUGUUCUAACUUUGCUGGAGGAUAUUUGUGUACAUGUGAUGGAUAUAAAGGGAAAAACUGUGCAAUAGAUAUUGAUGAAUGCGAGAAUGAUAAAAUGUUAUGUGGGAAUAACGGUACCUGUUUGAAUACAAAUGGGAGUUUUUAUUGUAAGUGCGACAAAGGCUUUACUGGCAAAUACUGUAAUGAAGACGUAACUCUCUGUAACCCCAAUCCAUGUAAGAAUGAUGGGAUAUGUCACAAUUCUACAGUUAAUUCAACGUCAGAGAGUGGCAACUCAAGUUUUAUUGUUGCAAACUAUACCUGCAUGUGCCAACCCGGCUGGAGAGGUCGGAACUGUACGGAAGAUAUCGAUGAAUGCCGCGAAAAUAUUGCUCCGUGCAACGCAAGCAACAACGGUUCUUGUAUAAAUACCAUUGGUGGUUUUGAAUGUGAAUGUCUGCCAGGUUACGAUGGAAUUCCUUGUGUAGAUAUCGACGAAUGUCUGAACAAUAAAACGUGCAACGAACAAGGGACAUGCGAAAAUAGAAUCCCUCAAGAAAAUGGGGAAAAAUUUAAAUGUAGUUGUUUUAAUGGCUUUUCGGGUGAUACCUGUGAAAUAGACGUUAAUGAAUGUGUUGAUCAAAGAAUUGGAAUGUUUCACACAAGAUGCAACAAUGGUACAUGCAUUAACGGACCUGGUUAUUUCACGUGUAAUUGUUACCGUGGUUGGAUGGGUGAAUUUUGUGAUGUAGACAUUGACGAAUGCAAUGUUGGUGGAUACUGUCAGAACUUUGUCAGAUGUGACAACACUCUGGGGAACUACAGCUGUAUUUGUGAAGAUGGAUUCAAUGGGUUUAACUGCACGAACGACAUCGAUGAAUGUGAACUUUAUCAACCUUGUAAUACAACCGGAGCAAAAAGAUGUAUUGAUUCUGUGAACAACUAUACUUGCAUAUGUCGCGAAGGUUACACGGGCCGUAACUGCAGCGAAGAUGUGAACGAAUGUGAAACUGAACGUCCAUGUAUGAAUUCCUCUGAUUGUAUCAAUAUGUAUGGAACUUAUCGCUGUGUCUGCAACGAAACGUUCACUGGGAGAAAUUGCGACAUUAUACUCAACCCUUGUGAUACAUUGAGCCCAUGUGAUAACAAUGCAAUCUGUAAUGUGACGUCAGACUAUAACUAUACCUGUACCUGUACUGAAGGAUUUGCUGGAAGACAAUGUAAAAACUCGACUAUCGUAGGGUUUGAUGGGACAUCUUCAAUGACUGUUGAUAUCUCCGAAGCGCCAUCGAAUAUAUCGUUUAGUUUUCAAACCAUAUUUGCAAAUGGUGUUCUUGUAUCGCAAUCCGGUUUAUGGACUCUAUUUCUUACGAACGGUCAGAUUCGGCUGACUUGUGAUACAGUGUUGACGAUGUGUAACGUUUUGGGGGAUCUAAACGAGUUCACGGACUCAAACUGGCAUCAAGUCAGUGUAAACUUGAAUGGCUCACUUAUCUCUGUUCAUGUUGAUUCUAAUGAAUCAUGUUCCCUAACAUGUCUUAGUUCAUCACGUCGAAGACGAAAUGCCGACACAUCCAAACAACUUGUCGUUGGGGCUGGUGGUGAUAACUUGCCGAAUUUUAUCGGCAGCAUACGAGAUUUUGCUGUAGAUGACAGGAAGUAUUACCCAGGCGUUGAUGAAGUUAUUUCAAAGGGAGUAGUGUCUGGGCAUGAUCGCCAAGAGGUCUGUUCGCCUAAUCCAUGUGUUAAUGGCGAAUGUAUUGAUCUUUGGACAAGAUAUUCAUGUAAAUGUUUUAGAAAUGUUACAAAAAUCAACUGCUCCGAUUGUUUAUCUCCAUGCUCUGGUCAGUGUCAACAUUUAUACGGUGGGGAAAACUGUGAAUAUUAUGGAUGUAUAAGUGAGGCGACGUUUCAUCAAUCUUUGGUGCAUUUCACAAACUCGUCUCAAUUGUCAGAGAUUACAAACCUUUUAGUACAAUUUCGUACGCGUCAGAAUAACACGGUCAUUCUGUCCAGCGUCCAUAAUGUGUCGUACUUUUUAAUAUUAAUACAAAAUGGUCGUGUCGUGGUGAGGUACAAAUUUUCUGAUAAUGCAACUGGAAAUGUUAGCAUUGAUGGUGUUGUUUCUGAUGGAAAUUGGUACGAAUUAAAGAUCAGUUCGCAAUCAUCUGUUACUCACUUCAAUAUCUCCACAUUGAAUCAUACAAACUUUGCUUUCACUCGUCGUGUUAGCUCCAAAUAUCAGAACAUUUUGCUGCUCAACAAAGAUCUCACUAAUCUUAUAGCGGAUGGUGGUGUAUAUGUUGGAUCGUCUCCUGCAAUGAACACGUUUCAUGAUGAUUUUAGUGGUUGUAUUAGGGAAGUAAAAUUGGGUGAAAAUCUUUUGACGUUUUUUUCGCCAGCAACUCUCAACUCUACGCAAGCCAAAACUGCAUUCUCUAUUGAAAAAAGAGUAAAUAUCAGUAAUGGUUGCCAUAGCAGAAACCUGUGUAACACCACGGAACCACCAUGCAACAAUGGUAGAUGUAUACCUGAUUGGAAUACGUUUACAUGUGAAUGUCCAGAUGGUUAUCGUGGUAAACAAUGCCAAAUUGAUCCAUGCACUGAUUCCCCUUGCGUUCAUGGCUCGUGCUCAGUGCGUGGUUCAAGCUAUGAAUGCACGUGUAACAACAGUUACGUGGGGGAUAUUUGUAAUGAAACAUGUUAUGAAGCUUAUUGUCAAAAUGGUGGUCGUAACUGCAGUGAAGAUAUCAAAGAAUGCCAAAGAACUGAACCUCGGUGUACCGAAAAUAGAAGCAACCAAUGGCCAUGUGCGCCAUUGAACCCGUGUGACAACAAUGGCAUCUGUAAUGUGACGUCAGACUGCAACUAUACCUGUACCUGUACCGAAGGAUUUGCUGGAAGACAGUGUAAAAACUCGACUGUCUUAGGGUUUGAUGGGAGAUCUUCGAUGACUGUCAAUAUCUCCUCGGAAAUAUCAAAUGUAUCGUUAAGUUUUCGAACCAUAUUUCCAAAUGGUGUUCUUGUAUCGCAAUCCAGUUUAUGGACUUUGUUUCUUACAAGCGGUCAGAUUCGGCUGACUUGUGGUGAGAUGUGUAACAUUUCGGGAGGCCCAAACGAGUUCACGGACUCCAACUGGCAUCAAGUCAGCAUAAACUUGAAUGGUUCAACGAUCUUUGUUCAUGUUGAUUCUAAUCAAUCAUGUUCCAUUACAAAUUGUCUUAGUUCGUCACGUCGAAGACGAGAUGCCGACACAUCCAAACAACUUGUCGUCGGGGCUGGUGGUGGUAAUUUACCGAAUUUCAUCGGCAGCAUCCGAGAUUUUACUGCAAAUGACAUAAAGUAUUACCCAAAUGCUCCUAGAGUUGAUUCAAACGGAGUAGAGUCUGGGUACGAACGUCGUAACGUCUGUUUCUCUAAUCCAUGUAUGAAUGGCAAAUGUGUUGAUCUUUGGACAAGAUAUUCUUGUGAAUGUGAUGGAAAUUAUACAGGAAUCAACUGCUCUGAGUGUUCUGUGGGUGACAUUUGUAAUGAAACAUGUUAUGAAGGUUACUGUCAAAAUGGUGGUGAGUGUGUGAUUGCAGGCACGCAGCGCACGUGUAAUUGUCCCUCCAAUUGGACCGGCAUGCUUUGCGGCACUCCAUUACCACGUGAUGAUGAUGAUGAUGAUGAUUUACCAUUAAUAAUCGGAGCUUCCGUUGGUGGCGGAGUUUUAUUGUUAUUUAUUAUUGUUGUCUUAUGUAUAUGCACACGUAAAUCAAGCUCUUCAUUUGGAGUGUAUAGUCCGAGAAGCGAAGAGAAGACUGGGGCAAAGCUUGAAAUGAAUUCCGUACUUAAUGCGCCUCCCCCGGAAAUAUUAAUUUAAGUUAGUUAGUUAGGUGAAUUAUAAUGUAAAUUUAUAACUUAUAUCUCAACACUGCCCGUACCUGUCUUUACCAACGCGCACGGCUAUGUAGACAAUCUUACAUCAAGGUAGACUUAUUUUACCUAGCAACAGAUGUUAGAGGACGAAUUUAUCAAUGUAUUUUAUUCAGUUUUUGUAAAUCGUGUAUAUACAGUCAUAAAACAAAAAAACGACAUGCAAAGUGUUAAAA